AUGUGGAGAGCUGCAAUCUGCGUCACCGCAGCUCUUUCAUGGGGGAGGUUGGGGGGGGGGGUUCAGGGUCCCUCGGAAUUCACGGAUUUCCUCACAGUUUUGAUCUCACGCGUUGAGAAUCGCGGGCGAACGCCCUCCGGCCCUCCACCCCGAGUAUGGAGGAGCAGCUGUGACCCUACGACGGCCUUACUGGGACUGGGCCCCGCCGCCUAUGCCAUCAACGUCAUCGUCAGGGCCCCGCGCGGCGUGACAGAAAUGGCCAACUUUUCACGCGGUUAUCGCUUCCAGCGGCUACCCCUCGAGCUCGGUUUCCGCGGCUUCCUCGCAGCCUACCCCUAA